CAGCAAUGAGACUGUUCCAGCCUGCUCCGUUGCUGCAGUUCCUUGCCCGCGUCUUGUAAACACGCUGCAGUCCAGCAUGCCGGAGCGGAACCACUGGUAAAACUUUGACCAGGGGAAGGAUACUCCAUGAGCUGCUGUAAGAACUGGAUGGAUAUAUUUUGGAAAGCAUGGACCCUUUGGCACCUCUGGUUCUCUAUGGAUUCAGCCUGAUUAUUUCAGGUAAAGUGGAAGCAGCACUGGACCUCAUCCUUAUCAAUUCAUUCCCUCUGGUGGGCAACUCAGAGACAUCACUUAUCUGUAUCACUUCGAAGUGGCGCUCCCGUGAGUCUAUCACAAUUGACCGAGACCAGGAGGAUGUGACAAACCAGCAUCGAGAGCCUCUGGAGGUCAGUGAAGAUUCAAAGAGAGCCACAGCCAAGAUGGUGAUGUGGAAAAGGGAAAAGGCCAGCGAGACCAUUGGAGCAUACUACUGUGAAGGGAAGCUGAAGGAUGAGGUGACAAGGAUACACACCAUGAAGAUGCCACGGGGAGCUUCAUUCCACCCAGUGGCCUUAACAGUUACAGCAAACAAGGGAGAGCACGUGAAUAUUUCCUUCAUACGAAUGGCAGCAAAAGAAGAAGAUGCGGUGAUCUACAAGAAUGGUUCCUUCAUCCACUCGGUGCCCAGACAUGAGGUGCCAGGUGAGCUGGAAGUUUCCUAUCCCCAAGUUCAGCUGCAGGAUGCGGGUGUUUACUCUGCCAGAUACAUAGGAGGAAACCUCUUUACUUCUGCUUACACGAGGCUUAUUGUAAGACGAUGUGAAGCUCAGAAGUGGGGCCCUUCCUGUAGCUCCCACUGCCCUUCCUGCAUGAACAAUGGCAUUUGUCAUGAAGAUACUGGGGAAUGCAUCUGUCCUCCAGGUUUUAUGGGAAAAACGUGUGAGAAAGCUUGUGGAGCCAAUACAUUUGGCAAAACAUGUGAAGAGAGCUGUAAAGAAAACUAUGGCUGCAAAAACUAUAUGUUCUGCCUGCCAGAUCCAUAUGGUUGUUCAUGUGCCACAGGAUGGAUGGGACUGGAAUGUGAUAAAGAAUGCAAACCUGGUUUUUAUGGGUCAGACUGCAAACUCAAAUGUAAUUGUCACAAUCGAGGGACAUGUGACAGAUAUAAGGGCUGUAUCUGCUCCUACGGAUGGCACGGUCUGCAAUGUGAAAAAGAAGGUUCCGCAGACCUUUCACCUCAGAUAGAAAACUUACUACACCCUGUGGAACUCAACUCUGGUGUAGAAUUUAAGCCCUCUUGCAUAGCUACUGGAAUGCCACUUCCUAAAUCUGAAGAAUUUAAACUUUUGAAGCAAGAUGGAACUGUCCUAAGGCCUUCCCUCAUUGUCACCAGUAAUCGCUCUGAAGCUAUGUUUACAAUCAGUCGAGUCCUGCCCCGGGACACAGGAACCUGGGUCUGCAGUGUGCAGACAGUAGCGGGAAUGGCAGAGAAACCAUUUCAGGUUACAGUUAAAGUUCCUCCUGUGCCACAAUAUGCCCCAAGGCUGACAAACAGUGGACAUAAUUUCCUCAUUAUUGAUAUCAAUGCUGAGCUACACACUGGAGAUGGACCUGUGGUGUCAACAAAGCUCCUAUACAAACCAGCAAAGCGUUAUCAGUCCUGGAUGUCGGUGGAAGUUAAGGGCUCAACCAAAAGACUGGACAAUCUGGAACCAAAGACAGAAUAUCAGUUCUGUGUUCAGCUGAGUCGGCAAGGGGAGGGUGGGGAGGGCCAUCCUGGACCACAGGCAAGCUUCACAACAGCUGCACUGGGUCUUCCACCACCUGAAGGUCUCACGCUCCUUCCAAAAAGUAUGACAUCAUUGAAUUUGUCCUGGCAUCCCUUAACUCUGAGGACAGAUGAUGACAUCCGUGUUGAAGUGGAAAGGAAGAGUGUGAAUGACAAUGGUGAUGAGAGCAGUGUUAUCACCCAAGUGCCAGGAAACACGUCCACUCUGAUCAUUAAAGAUCUUGAGCCCAGACAGCAAUACAUGUGCAGGGUACGGGUAAACACCAGGUCCCAAGGAGAAUGGAGCAACUAUCUGUACGCAUGGACUUUCAGUGACAGAAUACCUCCUGCACCAUACAACAUCAAGUUUUCUAACACCACAGACACAUCCUCAGUCAUUUCUUGGACAACUGCUGAGGGCCAUUCCAUCUCCUCCAUCAUCAUCAGCUACAAAAUUUACGGCAAGGCUGAGUACAAUCACAUCGACAUUAUCAUUAAGAACUCCACCAUUACUCAGUACCAUCUCAAAGGCCUGGAGCCAAACACUGUGUACCAGGUUCAGAUUAAUGCUCAAAACAACAUCGGCUUGAGCAACCCGAACACAUCCUUUGAAUUGAAGACUCUUCCAGAAAUGAAAGCUCCAUAUGAAUCAAAAGGAGGUAAAAUGCUGCUCAUUGCUAUCCUUGGCUCUGCAGGGAUGACCUGUGUAACAAUUCUCCUGGCCUUUCUCAUCAUGCUGCAGUUGAAGCGAGCCAACUUCCAGCGCAGAAUGGCUCAGGCUUUCCAAAAUGUAGUGAGGGAAGAGCCAGCUGUACAAUUUAACUCAGGUACUCUCACUCUGAGCAGGAAAGCCAAAAACAGCCCAGAUCCCACUAUUUACCCAGUUCUCGAGUGGAAUGACAUCAAAUUUCAAGAUGUGAUUGGGGAAGGUAACUUUGGGCAAGUCUUGAAAGCACGAAUUAAGAAGGAUGGCUUACGCAUGGAUGCUGCAAUUAAAAGGAUGAAAGAGUAUGCUUCAAAAGAUGACCACAGAGACUUUGCUGGAGAACUCGAAGUGCUUUGUAAACUUGGUCAUCAUCCCAACAUCAUAAAUCUUCUAGGAGCAUGUGAACAUCGGGGAUAUCUUUAUCUUGCUAUUGAAUAUGCCCCUCAUGGGAAUCUGCUGGACUUCCUUCGUAAAAGCAGGGUGCUAGAGACUGACCCAGCAUUUGCUAUUGCCAACAGCACUGCAUCUACACUUUCCUCUCAGCAGCUUCUUCAUUUUGCAGCUGAUGUUGCAAGGGGGAUGGACUACCUGAGCCAGAAACAGUUUAUCCAUCGAGAUUUGGCAGCAAGAAACAUCCUGGUUGGAGAAAAUUAUGUUGCAAAAAUAGCUGACUUUGGCUUAUCCAGGGGUCAAGAGGUCUAUGUCAAGAAAACCAUGGGACGACUUCCAGUGAGAUGGAUGGCAAUUGAGUCAUUGAAUUACAGUGUUUACACCACUAACAGUGAUGUAUGGUCAUAUGGUGUCCUAUUAUGGGAAAUCGUUAGCUUAGGUGGAACACCGUACUGUGGAAUGACCUGUGCAGAACUCUAUGAAAAACUGCCUCAAGGGUACAGACUGGAAAAGCCUCUCAACUGUGACGAUGAAGUGUAUGACCUAAUGAGACAGUGCUGGAGGGAGAAACCUUACGAAAGACCAUCAUUUGCUCAGAUACUGGUGUCACUGAACAGGAUGCUGGAAGAAAGAAAGACUUAUGUGAACACCACCCUAUAUGAGAAGUUCACCUAUGCAGGCAUUGACUGCUCUGCUGAAGAAGCUGCUUAAGACGGGAGCAAAGCUUCAUUCAAAAAUGAUGUAUUAAAGAAAACCAAAACAGCCUGGUGGAGAACAAGAUGUGGUGUGCUGUUUAGCUCUAACUGUAUACAAUACAGUGAUGUUUUACUACAGGUAUCAUCACGUAGUAAUCCCUGCCUACACAGGCUGUAGGAGUGUAUAUACUGCUGAGAGCAGGAAUAGACUGGAGUCAUAAAAUCUGCUGUCAAUUAUGCAGGGUAUUCUUUUUUCUAGUCACAUAGACAAAAUGUAUAUGUUACAACUACUGUAGUGCAUCACCUGUUGUUUGCCAUCUUAAAUACAUAGCAAGAGUUACUGAGAGCAAAAUCAGUAUCUUGUAGCAGUAUUUCAUAUACAUCUUAAUUGUGAUUCAAAAGAAAAGCUAAGCUCAGUGUGACAAUGGAAACGUGCAAGCAGAGGUCAAUCCAGUAUUCUCACCAAUUAGUUACUAUGACUGCUAUUUGAACAUAAAAGUAAGGUGGUAGGAAUUAUCUGCUUGGAAAGUCUGCUGACGCUUGAAAGAUACAAGGAAUAAUAUUGUUCUUUCAUGGUCCAGUUUGACACUGUUUGCCUAACUUCAAAAACUAAGCAUAUAUUUUUAAGUCUUUGAUGCUACAUGAAGCAACCAUCCAGAAACCAUCACAGAGCGUAGGACAGAAGAAUAUACUACGUUAUUGGGGAUAUACAUGACUUUUUUUUCUAUUUGUAUUUCAUUUACUAAUUUUACUGCACAAUUAUAAAUUGCUACUUGUUAUAUACAA